AGCGCGACCUCACUCACCUCCAAGAUGGCGACGUCCAUCCAGAACCGCUGUAGGCACAUUCUGUGUUGUCAAAAUACUCGCAAUAACUAAUCAAAACAAAGUAAGACACACGCGGCAAUAGAACUAAACAUAUAGUUUUCGCCGUUGGAUAUCUGCACAUGCGUGGUGUUCGGUUUCAUGGCUGUUUUAGAGUGAAAUUGGGCGUCCUCUCGCCAUGGCCACCGACAACAGGAUUCAUUUCUGGAGGAGAAACCAAAAGGUUCCCGGGAGCUUACAGCCAGUAUAUGGAGCACAGCACCCUCCUCUGGACCCACGGAGACACCGUCCAUUAAAAGACACUCCAAAGGCCAGCAGUGUGAACGCCAAAUCCAAAAAACCUGCAACUUUCCACGAAUUUGCCCGGAGCACCAAUGAUGCAUGGGACAUUGAUGAUGAAGAGGAUGACGGUAUGUUUAGUCUCAAACAGUACUCAUCUUCCCCGGUCCAAUCACGAUCUACGCCUCAGACGCCCCGCCUCAAACUCUUCAAAUCCCCAGAGGACACAGAGCCACUGCCCCGCCCAACAGAAAGGCAGGAACCAAUCAGCACAAACCACGAUCAAGAUCGACUAGAUGUUGAAAGUGGUCCAGCCAAUGGCAGGGUGGUAAAGUCCUGUAGCGACGCCCAGCUGAAUGUUAAUGCAGCUCGCAAUACCCUGCAGAAACAGCAGUCACUUCCUGUGCGUCCCGUCAUUCCAUUAGUUGCCCGCAUUUCAGACCAAAAUGCCUCAGGAGCUCCGCCCAUGACGGUGAGAGAGAAGACUCGGUUGGAUAAAUUCAAGCAGUUACUUGCCAGCCCCAACACAGACCUAGAGGAGUUACGGAAGCAUAGCUGGUCAGGAAUCCCUCGUGAGGUUCGGCCAGUCACCUGGAGACUUUUAUCGGGUUAUCUUCCAGCCAAUAGGGAACGCAGGGAUCUGGUUCUCCAGAGGAAGAGGGAGGAGUAUUUCGGCUUCAUUGAGCAGUAUUACCACUCCAGAACAGAUGAUAACCACAGAGACACAUACAGACAGAUUCACAUCGAUAUCCCGAGGACAAACCCUUUGAUUCCUUUGUUCCAGCAGCCGCUGGUGCAGGAGGUGUUUGAGCGGAUUCUGUUCAUCUGGGCCAUCCGUCACCCCGCUAGUGGAUACGUGCAGGGCAUUAACGACCUGGUCACACCUUUUUUUGUGGUCUUCCUCUCUGAAUUUGUAGACCUCAGCAGCGGUUGUCCACAUGGUCUUCAGCACGUGUUGAUUUGCAGCUUCAAGGAAGAUGUGGAAAAUUUUGAAAUGGCAAGCUUACCACUGGAUACACAACGAAACAUCGAAGCCGACAGCUUUUGGUGCAUGAGCAAAUUGCUGGAUGGGAUACAGGACAACUACACGUUCGCCCAGCCUGGCAUUCAGAUUAAAGUGAAAGCGCUGGAAGAGCUUGUCAGCAGAAUAGAUGAGGAUGUCCAUGUGCACUUUCAGAGGUGUGAGGUGGAGUAUCUGCAGUUUGCUUUCCGCUGGAUGAAUAAUCUGCUGAUGAGAGAGCUGCCGCUGCGCUGUACCAUUCGCCUGUGGGACACAUACCAGGCGGAGUCAGAGGGAUUCUCCCAUUUCCACCUCUACGUGUGUGCCGCCUUCCUCAUCAAAUGGCGUAAAGAGAUCCUCUCCAUGGCGGACUUUCAGAGCCUGCUAAUACUCCUGCAGAACCUUCCCACAAUACACUGGGGUAACGAAGAAGUGGGUUUACUACUGGCAGAGGCCUACAGACUCAAAUACAUGUUUGCUGAUGCUCCGAGCCACUACAAGAGAUGAGAACCCAUAACUGGACCACAGCGAGACUCCGCAAACCCAGACGAUGAUCUGACCUAACGACACUUCUUCACUCGGUUUAAUCUGACACAGUGAAGUUAGAGCUCACCAAUUUUCGCCAAUGACGUCAAAUUUGUGUCAUCGUCUGUUACAAUUCACAAUCAAGAAUGAGACGGAGUAAACAACCAUGAACAAAACAGAUAUUUUGGAAAAAAAACUGCAAUCUUGAUGGUUGACAGUUCAAUUUGCCUGCAGAUGACUUCAGAAGAUAACUGACAAUGAGAUGCCAAGAGCUGAGGAAAGAAAAACGCUUAUGUGAGCGUAUCAGAAUAAAACAGAACGACAUGACAUUCUAGCAGUUUGUUUUUUCUGAAGGCUUCCCUGCAUCUUCCUUCAUUUGUUACCUCAGAUGUGGAGAAACCAUCUCUCGUUUUUAUUUUGUGGCAGAUCUUUUUUCCCCCCAGCCGAUGUUCUCUUGUUUUGUGUUAUUAGACCAUAAUGUGAUCUCCUCGGACCUUUUGCUCAUUGCAACAUUGAUUGUACCACACGCAGGUACACGGGUCGAUUCCCGUCCGUAAUCACUCAGAGACGGUGUUAUUGAAGCCCUGCAAUACAUGAAACUAUGGCAGCCGUAAGGGUCAUUUCUCAAGAGACGCAGCCAAGCAUUACGGAUUCGAAGAAUCAAUAUGCAACCUCCAGAAGAUGUGUUUGGGUUUGUUUUCAGGUUUUUAUGUUUAUUAGAAUCAUAAGACUGUGAAUUUUAACAAUCAAACAUGAGAAUCUAAUCUUUUAAAGUGGCUUUGUAUGCAAAUGAAGCUCUUGCACAAUUAUUUCUUAGAAAAUGGGUACUUUUAGAGCUUUGGUAUAAGCGUUCAACUACUACUGAGGUAACGUUUCAGCCACGACGGCAUUGAAAUAUUAAUGUUGCUUUAUAAAGAAUGAAUCAGUGUGAUAUGAGGUCAGCCUAUGAGACCACAGGACUAGAGUCAUAUUGAAAGAAACCUACUGACUUAAAGGGUUAGUUCACCCAAAAAUUAUAAUUCUGUCAUUAAUUACUCACCCUCAUGUCGUUCCAAAUCUGUAAGACCUUGGUUCAUCUUCAGAACACAAAUUCAGAUAUUUUUGAAGAAAUCCAAGAGGUUUUUUUUAUUUUUUUAUCCCCAAUAGAAAGCAAUGUAAUUACAAUUUCUUCUCUACCCUGAAAUUGUUGAAUAAAGUUAUUUUUGUUUAGUUUUUGUGCACAAAAAGUAUUCUCGUCGCUUCAUAACAUUAAGGUUGAACCACUGUAGUCACUUUAACUAUUUUAACAAUGUCUUUACUACUUUUCUGGACCUUGAAUGACUGCAAUUAUGUUGCUUUCUUUUGGGGAUUAAAAAAACAAAAAACUCUUGGAUUUCCAAUACAACAUACUUAUUUUUGAUUUCAUCAAAAAUAUCUUAAUUUGUGUUCCAAAGAUGAAUGAAGGUCUAACGGGUUUGGAACAACAUGGGAGUGAGUAAUUAAUUUUAUUUUUGUGUGAACUAACACUUUAAAGAGACGGACUGAAGGGUUUUGGUUUUCACUGUGUGGUACUGAAGCGUGGAUGGGUAAUACCUGCCAGACACGCUUCAAGCAGCACAAAUCAUAAUCUUAAAUACUGCUGAAGAACAGUAGAUGAAGUCUCAAACCACUGUGAAAAGGCAUCUACCAUUCGCACGUCCAUUUAAUCUCCCAGGGCAACCAAAUUAUGCAGAUGUUUAUGCUAAUCAGAUGUAGAUGAUCUGAUUAUCUCCCUUGUCCCUUUGAACCCUUGUUUCACCUCUCGGUAUAUUUAUUACCUCCGGCUGAUUCGUUUUGAUUGGUGAUUAAUUAUUCAAGUUCUGGAUCUUUCCAAAGUAGAUGUGUGAUCUUUAUAAAUUGGCGUGUAAUGCGAAAUUAUUUUCUCUGACUUAUCAGAAGCAAAUAUUUUCAUUAAAACUUUCAAUCAUUUCGUAUAACUUGAACCAAAACCCUGCAUGGAUAAUCUGAAUAAUAAAUUAAAUAAGUGUCUUUCUGCUUUAAUUAUUGAAGCAAAUGGAGGGUAUUGAUUAGAGGAAGGUGUCAGAAUCAGUUAAAAGUGAUGCCGUUGAACUUCUAGCUCAGCGCUGUGGAGGAUUUGGAGUUUGCUGAUGUUAAACGCUUGAAUAAUGUACAUUUUGUCGGCUCGCUGUCCUUAUUCAUCUGUCAGUGACAUUUGAAACCACCUGCGCCGUACGGUCUUGCUGUUACAAUCUAAUUUUGAUGAAGCAUUUGCAGUGCUGCACUCUUAUUUUGAAGUGAACUGGAAUGUAUUUCUUUUUCUUUAGGUUUAUGUCUUUGCAUAGUUUAAUGAGCUGAUAUUCACUCCAGAGAUAAUUAGUUUGCUCGUCACCCCUUUAAAGUGCGCUAAAGAAGGGGUGACUUAUUGUCGAGGGUUGAGAUUGCUGACCCUGGUGAGGAGAUGAGGCAGUAAUUAUUCAUGAGACGCGUUGAGUGAACUUACAGAUAAGUUCCCAGUUUUAGUCUUUUGAAUGACAUGAAAGUUUGAAUUGAUUGUAAUAAUGAAUCUGUUGUUCUGUUAAAACUUGUUUAAGUCAACAUGAAAUCAAAAUGGACACCACUUUCUUAAUACGUAUUGCUGGUCUUAUUGUUCAUUAGUGUACAUUGAGAUUUGGCCUUCAUAGUCUUCAUCACUGCCUCUGAAACACCUUUUCUUUUCUGCUGAUGUCACUUAGGCUAAUGGAUCAAGUUAACCAAUAACCAUAAAGAUGUUCUUGAGGGUGAAUUUGACCAUCAGACUCCAUGUCCGGCUCUUAAAAUGUGGGUGCUGGUCUUGUACAGAGACUUAUCACCCUUUCUCAAUGCCUAAUCAAAAGUGAAACAUGUUAUAUCUUGCUCUAGUUACUCAAAAAAGUAUUUCUUAACCAGUUAUUGCUGAGCCAAGUACUGUACACUACAGUUCAAACAUUUGUUUUUAAUGUUUUUGAAAGAAGUCUCUUAUGCUCACAAAGGCUGCAUUUAUUUGAUCAGAAAUAUAGUAAAAUCAGUAAUAUUGUGAAAUAUUAUUAUAAUUUACAAACUUGUUUCUAUUUUUCAAUUGCAAUUAAUUCCUGUAAUGGCAACGCUGAAUUUUCAGCAUCAUUACUUCAGUCUUCAGUGUCACAUGAUCCUUCAGAAAUCAUUCUAAUAUGCUGAUCUGGUGAUCAAUAAACAUUUAUUUUCAGGGCUUGACAUUAACUUUUUUGCUCACGAAAGUUACUAGCCACUCAGCAUUUUCACUGGCCACAAUUUUGACAUCAAUACCACGAGGAAAACCUGCCAUUUAGAUAUUUUUAAUAGUAUCUCAAAAUUUGGCAUCAGGUAUAUUAGGCUGCUGUCACUUUAAGACCUGAUGCACGGAUCCAUUACUGUUAAACAUGCCUUUUCUUUCUCAACUGUUUAUGUUCACUUAAAACAUGACUGACUGUGUUUGCGCGAAUACUCACCAAGACCGGCCUUUUGACAUUAUUUUGUGUGUAUUUGACUGUUUAAUCACAAUAAGCAGCGAAAAAACACUCAAUUUAGUGCUGAGAGGUGGCUUUAUGUGCGCGUACUUUGGGAGUGAGAAAAAAUCUACAGGAAUAAGUAAAAUUAUGUGCAGUAUGCAUAAAUUCAAGCCCUGUUACACCAACAAUAUUCAUCCGGAGCAAAUGAAAUGAGUGAGUGAGGGGAGGCGGGUUUGUGUGUCAACUUAUGUGUCGAUAUGUACCGAAAAAUCUAUAUUUUUUACAACACUACAUUGCACUUAGUUUAGUACUUUAGAUGCUUAAAAGACUACAAUUAAAAAAUGUAUAUAUUAUAUAUAAAAUUUAACCUGCCAAAGUGGUUAGUAGGAGUGACUGCGUUACACGCCAAUGCUGAAAUCCACCUGCAUUUGGUGGGUUGGUGGGUGUUAAUGUCAAACCCUGUUUAUUAUUAUCUUUGUUGAAAACCGUUUUGCUGCUUAAGAUUUUUGUGAAAGCCAUGAUACAUUUUUUUUCAGGAUUCGUUGAUGAAUAGAAAAAGUUCAAAAGAACAGCAUUUAUUUGAAAUCUAAAUCUUUUGUAACAUAAAAAAUCUCUUCAUUUUUGAUCAAUUUAAUGCAUCUUUGUACACUUUAAAAGCAAUUUUCUUUCAUUUCAAUUAGAGAACCUAUAAAGCUCUCAGCCAAUACAAUGGCUUUAUUGAGGAAGGAGGAUAUGAUUCUGCAGUGGUUCAGGAUCUCGCAUGAUGAUGCAGAUGGUGUUUCAGGGGCACAGUAGUACUUCACGAUCCACUGAAAACUCGCAUUCAGCUUCAUUCUGGUACAGUUCUAAUGAUUACUUUCCAUCAUCCAAUCAAUUCCUGAUAGAUAAAAUAUUAAAGUCCCACCUUGCAUUUUGUUCUGGAAUAUUCUGUUCCACUUAAAUUGAUUGCAAAUGCCAUUUCAUGUUGACUUUUACACUUUUGGGCAUCUUUCAUCAUGAAUGUUUUAAACAGUUUGGAUUUCUCAGACACAUCUUGAUUGUAUUACAUUGCCUUUUCCUGCAUGUGCAUUCAUACCUUGUUUUCUGAUAUACACAUUAAACCACAGGUUUUUGAUUAUUUCAUCUGCCUAUGGUACAAACGAUGAGUAUUUUCAUAUUGUGAAUCUUAGGCCCUGUUCACACUGGUAUUAAGAAGCAUUUUUCGACCAAUUCCAGAGGUAGUCGAAAACUCGAUUCGAUUGCUUUCGUAGAUGCUCAUGUGGUCGAAUGCGUUCAAACAGACACAAAAGACCGCCUACUCUCUCGCCUUCUGACCUGUGUAAACAUUAUGGGAAGCUAGCCAGAUGGGAUUUAAACUUUGUCGGCUGAAGACCCAAGUUUGGUUUAAAGAUGAAAAAGUUACCAAGCACAAUGUUCUCUCACCAUUCACACACAAAGCUGAUGCUCUCCGUAUGUUUUUCUGUUAUCGUCUUUCGGAUUCAACUUAUUUUGUCCAUUACAUCGAAAGAUCUGAAAAAGCCCAUACAUUUACCCACCCAUAGCCCCUCCCUUUAAAGAAAUCAGGUCAGAAGUGAACAAAAAAGACGGAUUAAAACAUCAGGUGUAAACGGGAAUGUGUCUACCUCGUCUACUUGUGAUCUGAUCAACCAAAACGCAUCUUAAUACCAGGUGGAAACAGGUCCUUACUCAUGUUGCUCAUGAUUUCAUAUAAUUGUUUUGUUGUUGUUGUUGGUGUUGUUUUUACUUUGUUCUGGCCUUUUAAUUUUGAGCGAGUCGACUGUGGUUGGUAGACUUGAUGUUUUUUCCUUUGUUUUCAUUUCGUUCCCUUUUUUUAAAGAAAAGGUGUGCGCCCUGCCGGUACGGCCGCCAUGUCUAUUUAUAGACAUGUCCUCUAUGUCUUAAGUUAUUUGUCUCCUUCCAGUGACUUGUCCUGGGAUUUCCUGCCUUUUCCUUCUCUCCAUUUUGGGCUCUCUGCUUGGCAUCAUUCCUCCUUUCAUUUAUCCAUUCUAUCCAUCGGGGCUGUGUUUGAAAGAUAUGCUUUGGUUCUUUUUUUGAUUUAUUCAAAAUGUACUCUAUAAUUUUAGGAUCAAAUAUUUGCCUUCGGUCUGCAAAUAGAAAUGGUGCUUCUCCUUGUAUUAGUCAUUCUACUGGAGAGACUGUUUUUUUUUUUUUUUUUUCCUUCUUUUUUUUUCAGUUUUAUGAUAAUGUAGAUGUGGAAGAACAGUACUGUGGUUUAUGCGGCUCAUAGCGUCAUGAUUGUGUUCACAGUUUGCAAUGCAAAUGAGUCUCUGUAGCAGCUUCAUGGUGCGUCCUGAUGCCAGAUCUCUGUUGUUCUUUUAUUUGUGUUGUUUUCCCCUCUGCGUAAAAUGCCAAAAUCCUCGAGUCAUUGGGUUCUUCUUGCUUAAUCAGUGCUUUUGUAGUCCACGCUGCUUUUAGCCUUAAAGAAAAGAGGAAACGUGGGAGUUUUCUGCUGUAUGUUUGAUUUUUGGAUUCUAUUAAACUGUUGCUACUCUG